AUGGCCGCCACCGCGUACAUCUCGCCCGGCGCCGAGCUGGACAUGGCGCUGGGCGGUAGCGGUGGCGGUGGUGGAGGAGGGGGCGGCGGUUACCAUCAUACCUCCUCGCCGCGCAGUGCGGCCGAUGCGAACGAGAUGAAGUACAUGCAUCACCAUCACCAUCACCAUCACCAGUCGGCCGCGGCCGCGGCAGCGGUGGCGGCCGCCGCCACCCACCACCAUGCCGCCGGGUUGACCGUACCGUCGAGCCCAUCGCCGAACCCGGCCGGUCUUGGGUCGGUGACGGGCGGGCUCGGGGCGACGCCCUGGGGCGCCCUGCCCGCCAGCGAUCCCUGGUCGCUUCAUGUCGCCCACUCGCAUCCCGCCCAUUCGCACCCGCACGCCCACCCACAUCCGGCGGACGUAAAGCAGGAGAUGCACCUGAGCCAACAGGCCCGCCAACAGGCCGGCGGCGGCCCGGGCGGCGGAGGCGGCGGCGGCGGAGGAGGCGGCGGCGGCGGAGGAGGAGGCGGUGGAGGUGGUGGGAUGACAUCGCCGCACGGGUGGCAUGCGCCGGUGCAUGCCGGCGCCCACUAUGCCACCGGUACCGGGUCGCCGCUGCAGUACCAUGCGGCCAUGAACGGUAUGCUGCACCAUCCGGCCUCCCAUCAUCAUCAUCCCGCGCAUCACCAAAGUGCGGCGGCCGCCACGCCGUCGUUGCAUCCCUCGCUGAGGGGUGAAUCGCCCCAGCUGCAUCUGCCGCCCCAUCACCACCACCACCACCAUCACCAUCACCUGCAGGGCGACCGGGACGUGAGUGCGGGCGAGGAGGACACACCGACGUCCGACGAUCUGGAAGCGUUCGCGAAACAGUUCAAACAGCGCCGGAUCAAGCUCGGCUUCACGCAGGCGGAUGUGGGGCUAGCGCUCGGCACGCUGUACGGCAACGUGUUCUCGCAGACGACGAUCUGCCGGUUUGAGGCGCUGCAGCUCAGCUUCAAGAACAUGUGCAAGCUGAAGCCGUUGCUGCAGAAGUGGCUCGAGGAGGCGGACUCGACGACGGGGUCGCCAACGAGCAUCGACAAGAUAGCGGCCCAGGGCCGGAAGCGGAAAAAGCGCACCAGCAUCGAGGUGUCGGUGAAGGGUGCGCUCGAGCAGCACUUCCACAAGCAGCCGAAACCGUCGGCCCAGGAGAUCUCGACGCUGGCGGACAGCUUGCAGCUGGAGAAGGAGGUGGUGCGGGUGUGGUUCUGCAACCGGCGGCAGAAGGAGAAGCGCAUGACGCCACCGAACACGAUGGGCGGCGACAUGAUGGACGGUAUGCCGCCCGGUCAUAUGGGGCACGGUGGCCACCACGGGGGUCACGGUGGGUACCAUCCGCACCACGACAUGCACGGCAGUCCGAUGGGUGCGCACAGUCACAGCCACAGCCCGCCGAUGCUGAGCCCGCAGGGUAUGGGCGCGACCGUCGGCGGCCACCAUCAGCUAGCGGCCCACUAG